AUGAACAAAAACGGAACAGCUAAAAUGAAUGAUAAUCAAAUAAGAGCCGAAGGUAGAAGGUUAUUUAAACGCUUCUAUAACAUUCCUGAUGGUGUUAAUCCUAAAACUCGUAGAAGUUAUUUAAAUGAAGCAAUAGAUUCAUAUGAAGGGUUUGACAUUUCAUCAGAAAGUGAGAGAUUAGCGAGAAUGUUAAACGUUAAUAUUGAUUUCUAUUAUUGUGAUCCUCAACCAGAAGACGUAGACAUUAACAAGGUAGACUUUCCAUUAGUGGAAUCAAUAAUGAUAGAUCCAGAAUUUGAAACAGUAAAUAUUUUAUUAACACAGAGUCCAUGUGGAAAACUUCACGCUGACAGAAUAACAGACGUUGAAGCACUCACAGGAUAUAAAGUUUGCCCCUUUUGCAAAGAAGAAGUAUAUUCUAUCCGUGAUGAUCCAGAAAGGAAAAACCAAAGAAGAUUUUUAAAACAUUGUGAGAAAUGUAAAGAAAAUAAUGGAAGAUUAAUUCAAGACGUACAAUUGCAAAACACACAGCAACCAUAUGCACCACAUAUCACGAAACAGAAGAUAUAUCAAUGGCUAUUAGCACAUAAUUUGCAGGAAUAUUAUAAACCAACAAGAUAUUAUAUUACUUUUGACUUCGAAACAUUAGAGACUAAAGAAGAACUUCAACUUUCUGAAUGUGCAACUUUGAACGCUUACUUAAAACCAUUUAUGGUAUCAUCAACGGUUAAAUUAAACGAUAAAACAUUUACGAGGAAUUUUUGCUUAACAUCAAGUGAUUCGUUCAUCUCUGAUUGGAUUGAAUUUUUAUUUUCAACCUGUUCAUUAGUUGCUAAAUCAAAUAUUGAACAAUAUGAAGAAUUAUUGAAGUCCCAUACAUUAAAUGAGAAACAAAAGGGAGCAAUGAAAGAGCUUUUAGAUGAAGAAUUUAAUAAAGUGAAUAUCAUUGGUUUUAAUUCGGGAAAGUUUGAUUUAAAUUUAAUUCUUCGUGAUUUAAAUACUGCAAAAUGGAAGAUAAAAUCAAUGCUGGGUUCUUCUUCUCAAUUUAAGCAAGUCAUAGUAAAGAAAACAAACUGUCCAUAUGAAUUGAGAUUUAUUGACAUCAGAAAUUAUAUAGCGGGUGGAACAUUAGACCAAUUCACUCAAGAUUUCGGAAACAAUAAAACACGUGUUAAAUCAUUCUUCCCAUAUCAAUUCAUCACAUGGGAGAAUUACGAAGAUGAAUUAUAUAAAAAGGAACCAUUCACUCAAGAUUCAUUUUAUUCAGCAUUAACACAAGAAACUAUAUCAGAUAGUGAUUAUCAAAUAUAUCUCAAUGAUGCUAAAAACUUUAAGAAUAGAUUAGAAUAUUUUAUUCAUUAUUGCAAUAAAGAUGUUGAAAUUAUGAUUGACCCAAUUGAUAAAAUUAUUGAAGAAACAUUUGUUUAUAAAAUUGACAUGCUCCAUAAUCUUUCAUUAUCAUCUAAUGCAUCAAUGAUUCGUUACGCGUUAGCAUAUAAGAACUUCAAUCCUAACGAAACAUAUCCAGAAGAAGAAAAUGUGGAAUCAAGUUUUGAAUUAACGAAAAAGUAUUGGAAAUAUAAAAUUGAAUCAUAUAAGAAACAAGAUGAAAAGGCGAAAAGAGAUACCAAAAACAAUGUUUCAAUGGAUGACUAUCAAUAUUUUCACGAUUUAAUCCUUUCAUCUAAAUGCAAAAUGUGUGGUAAAGCGUUUACAUAUGCAAAUAAACCAACAUUGGAUAGAAUCGAUAAUGAAAAACCACAUACUAAAGAAAAUUGUCAGUUAAUGUGUUGUUAUUGCAAUGUGGUAAAAUCAAAUAAAGAUGAAGAUGUUCAACGUUUAAGAAUCAAUUUAAGAAAUUAUGCAUUAAAAAAUAAUUUACCAAUGACUUUAGAUUCAGUGGAAGCGUAUCACAUCCUCCGUAAUGGAAUUACUGGUGGUUUAUCAAAUGUUCAACAUCGUGUUAAUCUUAAAGGAAUCACACACAUUAAUAAACUUUCAUAUAAUCCAGAAACUAAAACAGUAUCAAAUGAGGACACUUCCAACAUCAUGACUCAUUUCGUUGGUGUUGACUUUAAUUCAUUAUAUCCUUCAUCAUUUUCAUCUAAUCCCCAUGAUUUCAUUCAAUAUACUGACCAUAAAAUGUAUAUGCCGGGAAGAUUGAAUGGUGUUAUCAUUUGUGAUACAGCAACAAAGAAAGCAAAAGCACUGGGAAUAAUUAAGAAGAAAAAUACUUUAUUCGUGGCUGAAGUAAAGGGUCACAUUGAUGAAAAAUACAUUAAUGAUUACAUAAACUUUUUACCGAUAAUAAGAAACUUAGAUAUUAUCACAGAUGAAAAAACAAUUGGCAGUUUUAUGUAUAAUUACAUGAAAUCAAACAAUCUACCGGUUGACCAGAAACAGAGAAAAUUAACUCAGUUAGCAUCAACACACAACCAAUAUCAACCAUUUUCUUCUUAUUAUCUUUGGUAUCUAAUAGACAGAUUUCAUUUUAUCAUCGAUGAUAUUCAAUCAAUUUUAACAUUUACGAAAAAUACUU